AUGACAACAAUUAGUAGCAAAGCAUAUUUUAGGGUACCUCCAUCUAUAUUAUAUCAAUCCAUGUUAGAUGAAAGGGAACUUACAAGACUAGCCUUAGGUAGUCCUUGUAAAAUGGAUGCAAGUAUUGGAGGUAAAUUUAGUCUAUAUAAUAAUUAUGUAGAGGGAGAAAUUGAAUAUUUAGAACCUUCAAGGAAAAUUGUCCAGAAGUGGAGGUGCAACUCUUGGAAACCAGAUGUAUACUCUAAAGUUACGAUUGAAUUCUUAGAUAUUAUUGGAGAGACAGACUGCACAGAAAUAGUCUUAAAACAAACAUCAAUUCCCUCCUUAGAUAAAUUUGGUAAUCCAGGUUGUUCAGAUCAAUGCUUAAUAGGAUGGGAAAGUAACUUUUGGGAUCGUUUUGAAAAAGUUCUAGGUUAUCCAAGACUUAAAUAG